AUGUCACUUGCCUCAUGCCAUGUAAAGCCCAACACUGUGCGCCAGUUGUUACGCGCCACCUCUUCAACACCAAGGACAGCUAUCAUAUCUACCUCUACCUCUACUCAGAACAGACCAGCAAUAACCAACUUCAAUUGCCAUCAGACUCGUUCCUAUGCUUCCCCUAAAGGACCAAGAGCCCCUGUUAGGAAACCUCCACCAGCACCAAAGCCCUAUCGCUCGAGACCUUCCUCAAUCCCGGAUCUCAGUCGUGUUGAGAUAUCAUUUGAUGAAAGUUUUCUCGUAAAUGGACGUCAAAGAUGGCAAGGGGCUUUUAACUGGCGGAGCUCAAAUGAGUAUUUUGAUUACGCAGACAAGUACUUAACAACCCUGAAGAAUGUGGACGAGGCUCAUAACAUGAACCUUGCUGAAAUCGGCAUUCCUGUAGAGAUUGCGCACGAAAUGGGAUGUUUGCUCUUCAUGGAAAAGGAGGCAAAUGCUAAGGGCGUUGCCAGUUUGAUGUUUGUAUCUGCCUCGGCAGCAGGCUACGAUCCUUCCACCAUCACCUAUGCAAGAUUGCUGUUCCGCCAAGACGAAUGGGGCAAGAAAAAAAGGUUCAAGCUCCUUGAGAAGCGCUUCAUGGACAUUGUGGCUCAAGGAAAAGACUGCAACGCCCUAGCCGUAUAUGGAGAAAAGCUCUUCCUGGAUAACAAAUUCACCGCUGCCGCGCCUAUACUGGAAAAAGCUCUCAGCGUUGACGACGGAAUCUUUGAGUGGAGGGAUAUGUGCUUGCUAUACCUCGCAAAGUCUUACGCGCGGCUUGGAAAGGUCGAAGAGGCCAAGAAGACACUCAAAACGCUGGGGGACCCUAAUGCGGAUGCCGAGGUUGCUCCGAUGCUUACUGCGGGUGGUGUCGUGGACAAGAGGCAGCGGCUGUUCAGUGAAGGGUUACGAGGGAGAGCGCAGGCGUUUCGGGAGUUGGCUGAGAUAGAAUUCGAGAAUGAGGCGAGGGAGACAGAUAAGGAUUUGAAGAAGGAGCAUCAUCUCUGGGCCAUGGAAUGGUCGAAACUGGCUGACCCUAAUAUGAAGUUUUAG